UUUAUGCGUUUAUAACAAUUUAAAUAUGACGAGAAAAGAAUUUAAACGUAAAAGGACGGAAGAUGCUGACAAAGAAAAUUUACCAGAAGUUUUGCCAGCGAAAAGAAUGUCGGACGAACCCCCGUUAAAAAAGGUAAAAUGGAUCAAUAAACAACGAGUUCUAGUUUUUGCAACUAGAGGAAUUAGUUAUGUACAACGUCAUCUUAUGGAUGACAUAAAGAAUCUUAUGCCUCAUCAUCGUCCAGAAUCUAAAAUGGAACGUACUAAAAACUUCCAAGUGAUCAAUGAAAUGUGCGAAAUGAAAAAUUGUAACAAAACAAUAUUGUUCGAAAGCAGAAGAAAAAGGGAUUUGUACAUGUGGCUUUCUAACGUUCCUACAGGACCAAGUGUAAAAUUUCUUGUUGAGAAUAUCUAUACAAUGGGAGAAUUAAAAAUGACUGGGAAUUGUCUAAAGGGAUCUCGUCCUUUGUUGUCGUUUGAUGAUAAUUUUAACACAAAGCCACAUUAUAGUCUUUUAAAAGAGUUGUUUGUUCAAAUAUUUGGCGUGCCCAAUCAUCAUCCAAAAAGUCAACCAUUUUUUGACCAUGUAUAUGCAUUCAGUGUAUUAGACAAUAGAAUAUGGUUUAGGAAUUUUCAAAUUUUGACCGAAGAUGGCGGUUUAGCUGAAAUUGGGCCAAGAUUUGUAUUAAAUCCAGUAAAAAUAUUUGCUGAAAGUUUUGGUGGUGAGAUACUUUGGAAUAAUCCAACAUAUAUCUCACCUUCUAAGUUUCGACAAUCCAUAAAUAAAAAAGCUGCUGGUAAAUACAUAAGUAAGGUAGAACAAAAAAUGUUACAAGAAAUUAAUAAGCCAAAAGAAUCAUAUUCAUUAAAUCCUAUGGACGAGAUAUUUAAAGGUGACCCAUUGGAAAAAGCAAUGGAAUUGCAAAAACACGAAUCUAAACAAAUACCGAUUAAUAAAAGUGAAAAAAAGAAAGUAAAAAAAGGUGUGAAAAAAUAUCCAGGAAAAAAGGCAAAACAAGCUAAUUCUAAACAGAAGAACAAAAAAUUGAUGAAAUAAUUACAUGU